GUUCCGGACUGUCCCGUGUGACGUGGCUGCACGCCGGGGGUGGCUCCGGGCCGGGGGCCUAGUGGCGGGGCCGGGCGAGGCAGAAGCGGGGCGGGGCGCCGAGCCUGCAGCUGGAUGGCCGGGCCCGCCCGGAGCGCUGCAGCUGCCGCCGCCGCCACCUCUGCCACCGCACGCAGCUGGCAUGCCUGGAUGUUCCUGCCCUGGCUAUGGGAUGGCAGGCCAAAAGGUCCUCUUCCUCACUGUCCUUGCCCUGGAGCUCCUGAGAAGGGUUGGAGGUUCUCAGCCAGCCCUCCGGAGCCUGGGGGCUGCAGCUGCCUGUCGCCUGGAUGAUAAAGAAAGCGAGUCUUGGGGUACUUUGCUGAGUGGGGAGCGACUGGACACCUGGAUCUGCUCCCUCUUGGGCUCCUUUGUGGUUGGACUCAGUGGAGUUUUCCCCUUGCUGGUCAUUCCCCUGGAGAUGGGGACCAUGUUGCACUCAGAAGCUGGAGCCUGGCGUCUGAAGCAGCUGCUCAGCUUUGCCUUGGGUGGACUCUUGGGCAAUGUGUUUCUGCACCUGCUGCCAGAGGCAUGGGCCUACACCUGUCGCAUCAGCCCCGGUGGUGAAGGACAGAGUCUGCAGCAGCAGCAACAGCUGGGGCUAUGGGUCAUUGCUGGCUUCCUGACUUUUCUGGCAUUGGAGAAGAUGUUCCUGAACAGCAAGGAGAAGGAGGGCCCCAGCCAGGCCCCCAGCAAAGACCCCACUGCUGCCGCGCUCAAUGGAGGCCACUGUCUGGCCCAGCCGGCUGCAGAGCCCGGCCAGAGAGCCGUGGUCCGGAACCUCAAAGUCAGCGGCUAUCUCAACCUGCUGGCCAACACCAUAGACAACUUCACUCAUGGGCUGGCUGUGGCCGCCAGCUUCCUUGUGAGCAAAAAGAUUGGGCUUCUAACCACCAUGGCCAUCCUCCUGCAUGAGAUCCCCCAUGAGGUGGGUGACUUUGCUAUCCUGCUCCGAGCUGGCUUUGACCGAUGGACUGCAGCCAAGCUACAGUUCUCUACAGCCCUGGGAGGCCUUCUGGGGGCCUGCUUUGCCAUCUGCACACAGUCCCCCAAAGGAGUAGGGGAGACAGUGGUCUGGACCCUGCCCUUUACCUCUGGAGGCUUUCUCUAUAUUGCCCUGGUCAAUGUGUUGCCCGACCUCUUAGAAGAAAAUGACCCGUGGCACUCCCUGCAGCAGGUGCUGCUGCUCUGCUCCGGCAUCGUGGUCAUGGUGCUGCUUUCAUUCUUCGUUGAGUAACCAUUCCUGACAUCCCAUUCCGCAUAGCAAGCAAUAGAGAACCAACUUGCUCUGUGACUUUGUGUGUGAGAGGCAGAGGGUGAAUGCUAGAACCAGCCUUGCACAGGACAGAGAGGGUGUGCACAUACAGUCAGAUGUGUGCAGGAGACCGACACUGUGACCCCUGUGUGCAGAGCCCAGCCAGCCCACUGUCAUCUAGCAGCAAGGAAUGGCAGCGCUGGUGCCGGCACAGGCCUCACUUCUCGCAAGAGUCCAGGGCUACAGAGAACCCUGGAAUUGUCCCCCUGGGCCUCUAACUCAAGACUAAUUAAAGCUCUGCUCACAUAUCCAGGUCCCAAGCACCUUAGAGGAGGCUGCACUGCUCUUUGCUGUCCAUUUUCCCAGCCCUUCCUAUACCACCUCUACAGCCAAAGAAAGGGGAGGUGGGUGCUUUGCAGCCCCAGCCCCACUCAGCACUGAGCAGGCAGCCUCUCCAGGACCUCCUCCUAGGGGCUGCCACCCUGGCCAGCUCAUGUUUCCCCACAAACGCUGUCAAACAGCAGUCUGCAAGGCACCGCGCAAUCCUCAAGCUAGCGGUCUCCCAGUGCAGCUCCAAAUGCUCCUGCCAGCACACGCUUCAGCAGACAUGCCUGGGAGGGAGAAUGAGCCUUGCUGCCCUUCCCUGCUCAGGCCCCUUGUCCUUUGGGUUGAGUAAGGUGGGGGUGGUGAGGGCUCCACAUUGUCAGUGCUCAGGAAUGUGAACUGGGAGAAUGCUGAAGCCAUAAUCCCCAACUGUUUCCCUUGGCUGACAUCCAGGUACUCAGCUGGCCACUCAACAGCCAGACUUCAGCCUUGCUGCUGUGGUGUUAGAGAAGUGGCCACUGAAGAGUCUGAAUGAUUCCGUAGCAGUUACGCUGUGGUUCAUCUUUAUCUGUAAAUACCUGUUCUAUAGAUGUAAAUAAAUAUUACCUAGACCACUCCCUGUUCCACAUAUUAGGGCGGUCAAGCAGAGCUCUGCUCAGUGCUCUGGCAGAUCCAUCGUUACCUUGCUGUGCAUCUCUGAAGAUUUCCUAUUUCCCCGCCCAGUUUCACUGUUAACCUUUCAGCCCAGGAAUGCUUGAGCCUUCGUCACCAUCACCUGAUCUUAUUUAUUCCCUGAUCCCCCUUAGUAAUUCUUAUCAAGGGAUCAGGACCAUCAAGUCAUCUCCAGCUUUGACUUCACACUGUAAUCUCAGCAUCCAGGAAUGGUAGCAGAAGGAUCUGGAGUUAAAAGGCCAGCCUAGGCUACGUGAAACCACCAUUUUGGAAAACAAGGGGGAAAAAAAGGAAGGCAUAGGAAGAGCAUAGGAUAUGGUAGUACAUGAGGUAGAACAAUCAAUUCCAGGCCAGCUUGGGCUACAUAAGGCCCUGUCUCACUUGACCCUCCCCAAAGCACCCACCUCCCAAAUACAGGCAGGAGGAAAAAGGGUCCUUACCAGUCCCCCUUCCUGACUGCACCAUCACCAUAACACAGCAAGGGGCACUGCUUCUCCAUCCAACCCACUUUCCUCCCUAAGCUACCAGGCAGCCUUCAGCAGCACCCCUGGGUGGGAUAAAUCAGUCAUCUGUGCUGAGUCUAGUGCAAGCAGGUGGGACACCAAAUCAGCUACCUCCUUAGCUGGGAAUGCCCAGCUGUCAGUGUUCCGGCAUCACAUCCGUCAGAGAUCUGGUCUACAUGGCUGACUUCCAGGGACCUCAGGACAGAAAGGUCCAAGCCCGUUGUCUUUCCUCUCAGCAAGUGCUCAGGGCAGAGCUGUGGUGUGAAGCCCAGCUGGGAGGCUGACAAACACAAGUAUCACCAUUCACCACUGCACUCAGCUCUGGGGGUUUGAAGGGCUCUGCUGUACUGAGGAAGCCAGGUGAUGGUGGAGCCUACACCAUGGCCAAGAACACAUUCUCUCUGGUUAGAAAGGAAGAGGGGGCACCUAAGCCCAGGCCAGAGGACAAAAUCAGAAGCCCUCAAGACAUAAUCAAACCACAAUCAACAGGCAGCAUGCAAAGCUCAGCGAGCCCGUGGAUAGGGUCAUACUGAGGAGAGCUGGCAAGGUGGAGCUUGCUGGAAUCAUGUCCUCUGGGAAGAGCAAGGGGAAGAAAAGAAAGUGCCAAGGAAUUUUUGCCCCUUUUUGGCAAAAAAGUGGAAUUUUGAGGAUUAACAGCUUUGAAGGGCCAUUCAGGGCUGCCAAAACAACUCACUGAAAAGAUGAGUGAUGGGCCAAACAAGGUGGCAUUUGCCUUUAAUCCUAACAUUCUCGACUAAUCUCAGAGGCCACAAGCAACUGAGUUCAAGACUUCAUAG